UCACACUUUCACUCAUUUUGUUUUCUUGUGUUCCGGACGUGAGGGUGGAGGGGGGGUCCCAUCAGCAUUUCAUCUCCCCGGCUUUGCUCUUUUCCCCAUGCUUCAAAUCUCUGUACUGCCUGCGAGCGAGCAACAAAAACCUCUCUUUGAAUCCAAGUCUCUCUCUCUCUCUGUUUCUCUGUGUUUCUCUCUCUACCCCCACAUCUGGGUGUGCAAGUGUACUCCUCCCUUCCUUUAACUUCAAGUCCAUCUCCUGCAUUUUGUCAGUGCACAUUCUUGGUUACUUGGGUUUGGUGGGUAGUUACCAAAUCUUGGAUUCGAACUCUCUCUCUCCGGGUCUUCUUCGCUGGCUGCGCCGAAGCUCUCCUUCUUUCUUCUCCUCUGCUGGGGGAUUGCAGCUUUAGGACUUAACAGAUAGUAGCUUCAUCUUUUGGUUUUUUGUCUUUUAAGCUUUUUCUUUCCAAUCCCAUCUUGAGCGAAUCUGGGGGGCUUUUUCCACCUGGAUUUCUUGUUUUCUUUGUUUGGUCGGUGUGAUCUUGUUUGGGGUUUCUUGAGCGACAGCGGGUUGUUUUAGUGUAGAGAUUUGUGAAGAAAUGAGAGCAGUCGGUGCAGUUGGGACUCUGUUUGUUGUUUUUGGGGUUCUGCUGGUGACUUGCGAUUCUUUUGCGCCAUACGAAGGUUGGGCACUAAUUACUUUCAAGGAGGCCAUCUAUGAGGACCCCAAUAUGGCUUUGUCCAACUGGAAUGCCCUAGAUGCAGAUCCUUGUGACUGGUCUGGCGUCUCUUGUUCGGCUGCUCGGGACCAUGUACUCAAAAUAAACAUUUCAAAUUCGGGUUUGAAGGGGUUUCUUACGCCAGAUCUCGGUCACCUCACCUACUUACAGGAAUUAAUUUUGCACAAUAACAACCUGAUCGGGACAAUUCCAAAAGAAAUCGGAAUGUUGAAGAACCUUAAAGUCUUGGAUUUGGGGAUGAAUCAAUUAUCAGGCACAAUACCUCCUGAGAUGGGGAACCUGACAAAUCUUAUUAGAAUAAAUCUAGAGUCCAAUGGCCUGACUGGCAUGAUGCCUCAAGAACUUGGAAAUUUAAAGUAUCUCGAGGAACUUCUGUUGGACAGGAAUAAGCUUCAAGGAAAUGUUCCUGCUGAAAGCAGCAUCAAUUUCACAUCAAAUGUACAGGGCAUGUAUGCCUCAAAUGCAACUUCAAGUGGCUUAUGUCGCUUAUCCCAGUUGAAGGUGGCAGAUUUUUCAUUUAAUUUUUUGGUGGGGGGCAUACCGAAAUGCCUGGAGUAUCUUCCAAGUGUGAGCUUUCAAGGAAAUUGCCUUCAAAAUAAAGAUGCCAAGCAGCGUUCCGGUGCACAGUGUGGUGCUUCUCCACCCGGCAAAAGCCAUUCAGGUGGCGGUCCAAAAAAUCACUCUGCCAAAGAUAAAGCCAAGCGUGAGAGAACAUCAAGACCUGGCUGGUUAUUGGCUUUAGAGAUUGUGACGGGAACUAUGGUGGGGACUCUGUUUCUCAUUGCUCUUCUGACUGGUCUUCAGAGAUGCAAUAGCAAGCCGUCCAUCAUCAUACCCUGGAAGAAAUCGGCCAGUGAGAAGGACCAUAUUUCUGUAUACGUAGAUUCUGAUGCGUUGAAGGACGUAAUGAGAUUUAGCAGACAAGAGCUAGAAGUAGCUUGUGAAGACUUCAGCAAUAUUAUUGGUUCAUCACCUGAUAGUUUGGUUUACAAGGGCACCAUUAAAGGCGGUCCUGAGAUUGCCGUAAUAUCGCUUUGCAUCAAAGAAGAGCAUUGGACAGGUUAUCUAGAACUCUACUUCCAAAGAGAGGUAGCAGAUUUAGCUAGACUGAAUCAUGAUAAUACAGGAAGAUUGUUGGGCUACUGCAAGGAAAGUACACCUUUCACACGGAUGCUUGUUUUUGAGUAUGCAUCCAAUGGGACACUUUAUGAACACCUUCAUUAUGGAGAAGGCUGCCAAUUAUCUUGGACACGGCGUAUGAAAAUAGUCUUGGGCAUUGCUCGUGGGUUGAAGUAUCUUCAUGAGCUUGACCCACCCUUUACUAUAUCUGAGUUGAAUUCCAGUGCCGUAUAUCUAACAGAAGAUUUUUACCCCAAGCUUGUCGAUUUCGAGAGUUGGAAGACGAUUCUUGCGAGAUCAGAAAAGCAUUCGGGAUCUAUUGACAGUCAGGGCUCAAUUUGUGUUCUUGCCAAUUCCUUAGAAGGACGCCAUGAGGAUAUUCAGGGAAAUAUCUAUGCUUUUGGGGUACUUCUGCUGGAAAUAGUGAGCGGAAGACCUCCAUACUGCAAGGACAAAGGGAGCUUGGUAAAUUGGGCUAAGGAAUAUCUCGAACUGCCAGAAGUAAUGUCCUACGUGGUUGACCCUGAGUUGAAACAUUUCCAGUAUGAGGACCUUAAAGCGGUGUGCGAGGUGGUGAACUUAUGCCUAAAUCCAGAUACUACCAAGCGGCCUUUGAUGCAAGAAAUAAGCUCCAUGUUGGAGACCCGGAUCGACACAUCUUUUUCUGCCGAGCUGAAGUCGUCGUCUUUGGCAUGGGCUGAGCUUGCGCUUUCAUCAUAGCAGAGCUGAAGUUUGAUUUGAAAAGCUAACAUACUGUAAAUCAGGAACAUAUAAGUGUAAUACUCGUCAUUGAUACCUCAUCUCUCAAUUUUCUUACUGGUUCAUGUAAAUGUUUCGAGUGCUAGAAGGAAAAACAAAGAAUGUUGAGCUUGACAGUGUACUCCGUAUGUACCAUUUAUUGAUGGGUACAGUUCUGAAGCUACAACCAAUGGAUUAGGAUGUCUUGAGCUUCUUCCCCAAUAUAAUCCUUGGCUUAGGCUCAAA